AUGAAUCCUAAGAGAGUGGCCCAGUUGCCCGUUCACAAUGAAUUCACACUUCCACCACAGGAGAUAAUCGAUCUUUUCAAGAUAACAUUCCUCGAGCAGCUUUAUCCAAAAGACCAAGACGAUGACAAAUCUCCAUUGAGUGACCAAAUACAGAUGGUGAAAUCUGAUCUUUACAACAGAAAUUAUAGUGCUGCUUUCAAUAAUGACUUGAAAAGAAUAGCAUAUUGUUGUCGUUGGUCGCCCUCAAGGGCAGCAGGUUAUGCUUCAGUAUUCGCACAUUUUCCUGAGCUUCUGAAGAUUAUCAGGUGUGAGAUCGAAGGUAAGGAUUCAAGCGUGUUAUGCAUUGGAGGCGGUGCUGGCAGUGAGUUGAUUGCAUUAGCAAGCAUAUUCACUUUAUCAAGAGAUUUUUCGUCCAAGUUUGCCUCUGCUUCGAAAAUGAAGAAUGCAGAAAACAAAGAGUCUGGAAAACUUAACAUACAAUUAGUGGAUAUUGCUGACUGGUCCGCCAUUGUUGAAAAGCUGACCACCACAAUCAAAUCGAAAUGGUUAUAUGACGGCAAAGAAGCAGAAUCAUUCAAGGUUGACUACGUGCAUAAAGACUGCUUGCAAAUGUCAGAACCACAGGAUCUCAAAAUGUAUCAAGGCCUUGAUCUAAUAACCCUACUUUUCACAACAAAUGAACUAUUCACACAGAAAAAAGUUGAAAGUAUCAAAUUUUUACAAAGGCUGAAUGAGAACUGCUCCCCUGGCUGCCAUCUCCUCAUCUUGGAGAGUGCGGGGAGCUAUUCGCACAUCAGCAUCAACAAUAAGAAGUUCCCAAUCCAAUUUCUUAUCGAUACUGUCUUGGUAGGUAACAAAAAGGACAAAGGAACGACGGGCUCAUGGUCAUUGGUCUCGGAAAGCGACAGCAUUUGGUACCGCAUGGACCCAAAGCUCGACUAUUCCAUCCCGUUGGAAAACAUGCGCUUCUUCUACCGUCUCUACGUCAAGAACUAA